AUGAACGACAAGGAGAACGAAGAGCGAACGACAGACAGCCAAACAUCUCAAAUUGAACAACGAGAAAAUGAAACGUAUGAACUUUCAGAGAGUGAGAUAAUCAUUCGGCCAUAUCCUCUUGUCAUCAGACAAAAACACCCCAUUAUAGACGUCGACGAAAUCAAUGAACAAACAAGUCUGAACAAUCCAAUCGUUAUUUCAGACGAUGUAGCGAUUGACGUUGAUGAGAACGAAUCGACACAAAAGGCACUGACAUUUGUGGAUAUGCACCAAAAAGGACUUACCAAACGUCUCAACACAAGAAAGCCAAGACUAUACCAUUUUUAA